UAUGUGCACGCAGAUGGACCCAUCCCAUCAUCCGGCACGGUCGCUUACUCUGCUUGUACGAGGGCAAUGGCGGCGGCUCAACUCCUCUCCUGCCCAUCUGGUUCCCCCCAAAUCUAUCGAAUCCCUAACGCCUCUACCUUCCACUCUAAACGCUUCCCCCGAUUCCCGGCUCGCUCCCGUUCUAGAACCCUAACAUUGCAGGCUAGCGCCUCUCGAAUCCCCCCUGCCGCGGCCUCCUCUGCUGCUGCUGCUGCCCCCGCAGCGGCGGCGGGUUUCCGCCACUGUUUCUCCAAGGGCGAGGAUGGGUUCCUCUACUGUGAGGGCGUCCGCGUCGAAGAUGUUAUGGAGGCGGUGGAGAGGAGCCCCUUCUACCUCUACAGUAAGGAUCAGAUCACGAGGAACUUUGAGGCUUACAAGGCGGCCCUUGAGGGAUUGAAGUCCGUCGUUGGGUACGCCAUCAAGGCUAAUAACAAUCUCAAGAUCUUGGAGCACCUCAAGGGCUUGGGUUGCGGUGCUGUGCUCGUCAGUGGGAACGAGCUCAGGCUUGCCUUGCGAGCCGGAUUUGAUCCCACCAGGUGUAUAUUCAAUGGAAAUGGGAAGCUGUUGGAGGACCUUGUUUUAGCUGCUGAAAAAGGAGUUUUUGUGAAUGUGGAUAGUGAGUUUGACUUGGAAAACAUUGUGACCGCAGCAAGAGUCGUAGGAAAGAGAGUCCCUGUUCUGCUCAGGAUUAACCCAGAUGUAGAUCCACAGGUCCAUCCUUAUGUUGCCACCGGAAACAAGACUUCCAAGUUUGGUAUCCGAAAUGAAAAACUGCAGUGGUUCCUUGAUGCUGUCAAGACACAUUCAAGUGAAAUCGAUCUUGUAGGAGUCCACUGUCAUCUUGGAUCAACUAUUACCAAGGUGGAUAUAUUUAGAGAUGCUGCGAUUCUAAUGGUGAAUUUCAUUGACCAAAUUCGAGCACAAGGCUUCCAGUUGGAGUACUUGAAUAUUGGUGGUGGUCUAGGAAUUGACUACCAUCAUACUGGUGCAGUCCUUCCAACACCACUGGAUCUCAUAAACACUGUGAGAGAGUUGGUACUUUCUCGGAAUCUUACUCUGAUCAUUGAACCUGGAAGAUCACUUAUUGCCAAUACUUGCUGCUUAGUUAACAGGGUAACUGGUGUUAAAACCAAUGGCACAAAAAAUUUUAUAGUGAUUGAUGGCAGCAUGGCGGAGCUCAUCCGACCGAGUCUCUAUGGAGCAUACCAGCACAUAGAGCUGGUUUCUCCGCCUCUACCCAAUGCUGAAACUUCAACCUUCGAUGUUGUGGGGCCUGUAUGUGAGUCUGCAGACUUUCUGGGGAAAGAUAGAGAGCUUCCUACACCAGCUAAGGGAGCUGGUUUAGUUGUUCACGAUGCUGGUGCAUAUUGUAUGAGCAUGGCCUCAACCUAUAACCUUAAGAUGCGACCUCCAGAAUAUUGGGUGGACGAUGGCUCUGUGGUGAAGAUUAGGCAUGGGGAAACGAUUGAGGAUUUCGUGAAGUUCUUUGAUGGGCUGUAAUCUUCAGUCAAAGAUUUGCUUGCAAUGCAUCAAUAGGUUGCCUGUGCACUCGUUGGAUCCACGACUUGGAUUGCAUUACAGUUUAUCAGUUAAGCACGUUACAUAUUCUCAACAGAGACAUUCAACACGGUGUAUUGCGUCGUCAACUCAGUUUCUCUGAUGUAUCGUUGCAAGCAACAGAAGGUAAGAUAAAUAAGUGGGAAAAAUAACAGAAAUUUAUGUCAGUUGGUUUGAUGUUUGUAGUUGCAUUUUUGUCGAGAUCGUGAUGUUUUGGGCACGUUUGGAUCGGUGAGUUAUAUUUCAGUAAAAUACAUUGGUGAUUUAUAA